GUAAAUUCAAUUGUAAAUCGAUUAAGCAUGGUAAAUCGCAAAAUCAACUUAAAAUAAAGCUGUUUUUAAAUAUCAACGUUGAUUUAAGAAUACUAAAAUGGACACGAAUAAAGGCACAGGGAAAAAUAAACGCUACUUUCACGAUACCGGAGAAAAUGAAGAAAAUAAAAAUGAAAUGGAAGUGUUUCAUGUAAAAAUGAAACCUCUUUCUAAACAUCAUAUACAAAAACUGAAUUAUAAUAACAAUACGAAAAAAAUUAAAGUUGAGAAAAAUAAAGCAUUAACUGGAAAGGCACCGAUUGAUAAAAAAAAAUUAGAAAAACAUUCCCGUGGUGAAGGCUUUGAAGGAAAAGGUGUUAAGCAUCCCCUGUAUGCAUUAAAAUUAAAAAAGAAAGAAAACAAGUAUAAAUAUGCUCAAGAACAGGCGGCUAGAGCAGAAAUCCUACUCACAGAAAAUGCAGGUUAUUUGGAGGUAGAUGAAGGCCACAGAACUACAAGUAUUACUCAGUCCAUGAUUGCUGAAAAUGUAGACAUCACAGCUGCAACAAAAAUAUUUGAUCUUAAUCUUGAUUUUGGUCCUUACCGAGCUAAAUAUUCUAAGAACGGCAGACAUCUUCUUUUGGGGAGUAGUAAAGGUCACUUGGCUGCGUUUGAUUGGGUUACCAAGAGAUUGCAUUGUGAAAUCAAUGUUAUGGAAUCUAUUCAUGACAUAAGUUGGUUACAUGUAGAAACAAUGCUGGCAGCAGCACAAAAGGAAUGGCUAUACAUUUAUGACAAUACAGGGACGGAAAUACAUUGCAUCAAGAAAAUGGACAAAAUAUUAAGGAUGGAAUUCCUUCCAUACCACUUUUUACUUGCAGCAGUGAAUGAAUUUGGCUUCAUGACAUGGCUAGAUAUAUCAAUAGGAGAAAUAGUUGGUCACUACAACAAUCAGUUAGGGAGAACAGCUGUGAUGACACAGAAUCCAUACAAUGCAACAAUAUGUUUAGGGAAUUCUAAAGGAGUUGUAUCACUCUGGUCGCCCAUGGUCAAGAAGCCAUUAGCGAAAAUAUUAUGUCAUAAAACUCCAUUGACAGCUAUUGCGGUUGAUAAAAGGGGAAGUUAUAUGGCAACCACUGGUGUAGACAAAAGUUUGAAAAUAUGGGACAUUCGAAAUUUAGACGGACCAUUGCAACAUUACAAAUUAAUGUCACCAGCAGUUGAUUUGGAUUUCUCCCAGAAAGAUAUGUUAGCUGUUGGACUUGGUGAUAUUGUUGAAAUUUAUGACAAUUGUUGUACACAAACCACGGAUAAAGCUUAUAUGAGACACAAAAUGGCCAGAACAAUUAGCAAUUUCAAGUUUUGUCCAUAUGAAGAUGUGUUAGGAAUCGGUACUUCUAAAGGAUUCACUAGCAUUAUUGUACCAGGCAGUGGUGAGCCCAACUUCGACGCAUAUGAAAGCAAUCCCUACCAGACGAAGACGCAACGUAAAGAAGCAGAAGUUAAAGCAUUGCUGGAGAAAAUACCUGCCGAACUUAUUACACUUAAUCCGUUUGAAGUUGUCGAAGUGGACGUGCCAACUAUGAAGGACAAAAUUGAAGCCAAAUCUAAAUUACUGCAUGUCAAAAAUAAGAAGAUUGAUAUUAAACCAAGACAUAAAAAGAAAGGUAUUACUGAUAUUGCAAGAAAGAAAAUAAUCAAGGAAGUAGCAAGAAAGGAACUCAUUAAUCAGGCAAUUGAAGUAAAGAAGAUGCUGAAUGAACCAGAAAAGCAAGAGGCGCCGAAACAAUCAUUUGGUGUAUUAGACAGAUUUGUUUCAAAAACAAAAUCAAAGAAAUAAAAUCACUUUGUACAAGAAA